UAUAAUUUUUUAGAUGUUUGCACGCAACUAUGACGCAUUUUAAUGUAGCUUUAAGUAACUUGAAACUUUGUUUCAGUUCUUUGAUCAUUGAAUUACAAACAAAUAUGAUUUUAACAACUGAUUAAAUAAAUACAUCACAUCAUGGGAGGACGGCUUCUUCAGUUGAAUUAAUCUAUAUUACUGACAAUACAUAAUAAUAUUAGACACUGUAGAAUAUUAUUUAUGAUUUACAGGUUUUAUAUGUUUUUAAUCUGAUUGGGAAUUUAACAGUGAAAAAUUGUGACUGCACAACAUCAGAACAGUUGUAAAUAAAUAACAAUGAACAUGAAAGAAUUGAGUAGCAAUAAAGUAAUGUCUUUCAAAUAAAUCAGAUAUAAUAUGUGAUAGGUGAUAUCAGCGGGAAUAUUUGGUCAAGAUUAACAAAAACAAGAAUGUCGAGCAUACCAGAUUACGCUCACAAUUUAUCACUUAAAAUGUCUCAAGUGAUGGAUAUGAUUGGUGUAAACGAGAAGAUAGUGAUGAAAAGAAGAAGAAUAUCAAUGCUACUGAAUGAAUCACUAUUGACCGUAAUUCACCAGCUAUGCGGUAAUGAUAAGAAUGUGUUCUUUUUCGGUAGUACAAUAGAAGGUACAACAACUCCAGGAUUACAUUCUGACACAGAUAGUCUUAUAUCUUUGAACAAAUUUAAUGUGAUUCAAGACCGAAGUGAAUGGGAAUAUGGUAAACGUAAUUUUUUGAUGAUACAAGAUGAGAAUGUCUCACCAGGAUAUUGUUUGUUACAAAAGCUAAGAGAUGAUGUUCCACUGCCGCUCGUAGUUGAAACUGAUGACAAUACAUACAGGGACAGAAUGGGGAGAAUAUUGUUAAAAAAUACAAUGUUUACUGGUUUACAUAAUGUAGUACGAAAUGGCCCUGCUCAUUCUUUGCAAAAUGUUCCUGGAGUCAGAGAUAAUGAUCUCGUUCCAGCCUUUCCAUGUCACGUAAGACCAGUUCAGGCAGGGCAUUGGCUAAAUCAACAUAGAGAAGAGCAUUGGCCUACAAGUGAUAUGAUACAGUACUGCAAUAACACACGAUGUUUUGUUGUAGGCGUUGGAAAAUCAGGAAGUACAAAUGAAGCAUUUGAAUGGAGAAUAUCCACAUCAUUUGCAGAGAGAUUUUUAAUGUUUAAUCUAAACAUAACACAAAUCAGAUGUUAUGUUUUGAUGAAAAUGAUACUGAAAACUUUUAUUACUCAAAUGUUCCCCGACAGGAUUUCAAGUUUCAUGUGUAAAACCGUUUUGAUACAUUGUAUUUCAUAUACAAGAUCUGACACAUGGAAGGAAAAUACCCUCUUUACUUGUCUAUCUUUUUGUUUAUCAACACUUUACAGUUGUGUACAAAAUGAAUACUGUCCUCAUUUCUUCAUCACACAAAACAACUUAAUGAGCGGGCGAUUUUCUCCGGAAUCGAAGCCGUUAAUACUUGAAACUCUUCGUUAUGUGAUCGAAAGUAAUGGAAGGGCAUUACUCGAAAUUAAAUGCGACAACUUUGGUUUAUAUCUAAAAUCAAGUUUAAACAGUUUUAUACAAAUAAAUGAACAUGUUAUACCAACUAGAAUUGCUGGACUUUUGCUAGGAGUAACUGCCCUUUUUAUGAAUGCAAGUUUCAUAUUCUUCUUACGUGAAACCAAUGAUUUAUCACCAAGACUUGCCACGCAAAAACUUUUAACAAUUAUUGCAAAUCACCAAAAUGAGAAUAAAAAAGCUUACCGUUUAAUAACACGACAUUUAUGCAGUACACUUGGGUCUAUUCUAGCAUCUUUAAUCAUUAACCAACAAGACCAUUUAACAUACAAGAAGGCGCUUUCAUUCAUGUCAUUAGGACUUGACUCUGAUGUAGCAUCUGGCAAACUGAAACUAGCAUCAAUGUUCUAUUGUAAUGGAGAUAUUGAGAGGACUGAACUGGUCCUGAAAAAUAUUGAGGAGUUUUAUAAUCUUAGUCUUGUUGAACCAAUGUGUGGGUGUUACGAUUUCAAAAAGGCUCGAACAAGAGAAAGUUUCCAGAGAUUAUGUUAUGAAUCAAGUGAAGAAUACACACUGCUUAAAGAUAUAACGGCAUCAUGUGUCUGUUUUAUACGAUGUGAAAUUAACUGUUGUCCAUUAGAACUUCAACAUGAAAUGUUUAGAUCAACACAGGAAGACCUUGCUUACAGAAGUGAAGAUGAUAAAUUGAUGGACAUGGCCGUUGUAGAUUCUCUCCCUUAUCUCUAUUUUUUGCAGUACAAGACAUAUUCCCGGCUAGGAAGACAAGAUGAUAAACGGAAGACUCUCUCUAACAUUGCUAGAACAAUUGAUGUUGAACCAAAUCUCGGACAUAGGGAAACAGCACUCAAUCUUCUAGGCCAGUGUAUGGAACAAGAGAAUAAUCUAGGCAAUGCUUUCAAAUGUUAUGCGCGUUCCUUUCAGAUUAGAGGACGAAAUAAUUCGGCAAAACUCCAUAUUUGUAAGCUGUUAAACAAAUUGAUCAAUAACUAGAUUUCACUUGUUUUGGAACAAGAACACCGCACGGAAGAUACUUUGGAAUGCUUUCUGGUGUCCUUAAAGAUACAAAGUAGACAGAAUUCUGAAAAAUGUCAUAUAUUUAGACUGUUAGCAACCGUUUAUAAUUAGAAUCAUAAGUUAUAUGUUUAAGGGCAUACACAGCUUACCUACAUAACCACAGCGUAGGUAUGGUUACGAUAAACUAUUCAUAACCAAGCAAAAUGCUUUGAUUGCCACAAAAAGACUUUUACAUUCAACAGGAAAGAAACCUUUUGGAAAAACUUGGCCAUUGUAAACUAGUUCAUUUAUUUUUAUGUUUUGCAAACAAGAUAUCUUGGAAGAUAAUAGGAAUAUAUAACAAUACACAGAGAAACAAUAAACCUUUAAAUAGACAUGGGGGACAGAUGAAAAAAGCACUGAACGUGUACAGUAUAUAUUAUGCAUUGUCAUUUUAAUUUUCGCAAUGUUUGCCCAGUAACUAUCUAGUAUAAGUAUCUUAUUCUAUAGUUUCGGACAUUAUCAGUUUAAAUUGAAAUUAUAUAUCAGUGUUUAAUCAUUGCAAUACCACAAUGCUUUAUUAAGGGCGGGGUAUUUUGCCAAUUAACCGUCAAUUCAAACACAAUGUAAUUUCAGGUAUGUAGUCGGUGUUAUAUCAGAUACUGUAACAUUUUUAUCUAUGUGAAAGUAUUAUCUUACAUAAUACGUGUCCAUUUAGAUGAAUAAUAAAACGUUACAUUGUUGCAUUUUGUAUAAUAUUAGAUGAAGAUAUACACUUUAUAAAAAACGCACCGGCAUUUUAACGGAUUUCUAACAAGGCAGAAAACAAAAUUUUACACAUAAUAGAUGAUUACUAAUAAUCUGACCAACGAAGUAUUUAGGACAAACCAAUUUGAACUUAUUUGCUAUAAGAAGUGUCAGGCACUGGGAAACAUGUGAAAGUCAAAUAAUGGAUAUAUGAAACCAAUGUUUUGUCAGUCUGUUACAUGUAUUUGUGUAAGAUGUUUAGUAUGAUAUCAUAAAAAAUUGCAUAUAUAUUUUAUGUUGUCUGUGUUUUACAAACAGGUCAAUCCAAUAUUUUCAGUAAUGACAUUGUAAAGCCAGUAUGUUGUCAGUAUCUAACAUUUUAUUAUAAUAUAUCAAUAAAAUUUUUUUGUCAAGUUAUGUUCUGUUAGAUAGUAUAUCAGCACUUAAAAUACAUGUAUCAUGUAGUUAAAAUGUGAGGGAAGUAACCUGUAUUGUUGUCUAAUGUAUGCAUAUGCUCAAUAUUUAUCUGUUAAAGAUUUUCUGUGUGAGUCUAUGAAUAUAGUAAAUUGCCCACAAAUAAGCGUCAGAUUCAAAUACAUCAACAUUUUGAGGAAUAAAACGAAAACAUACAUCGACAGAAAUAGAUAAAAAAAAAUAAGUAAAUGGGGAAACUGCAUACUCAUUUUGUUAAAGACUUUCGGUGACAUUCAAUAAUAACUGCUAAAUCUUUCAAGGACAGAUAAAGCAGUAUAUUUAGGAAAUAGAUAUCAAUUCUGAGUGCAUUGUUGUAGAAUAAUGCACGGUUUGAGUUCAAAUGCGUAGUAAUAUAAUCACGAAGGCCGAUAGGCCUGAGUGAUUAAUUACAAAGCAUUUGAACGAAAAACGUGCAUAAUUUUACAAUAAUGCACGAAGAAUUGAUAUCUAUUUCCAUUCUAACACGUCAAGAAAAAAUAUAAUUAUUAUAAAGUUGGACUUUAUGUUUGGUGGUUAAAUUUGUUUUCGCCUCAGAGUUUCCACUAGAAACGUUCUUUAAAGGCUGUUCCAGUGGGUUGAAAAAAACUGUCGUUAAAUCUACCGUGUGUAGAAACAUUUUGAGAAUAACGAAUUUUGAAAACGUUGAUUAAACUUUGUUUGUUUAUUUUAUUUCAGUCUAUAAUUUUCCAAGCGAAAAACAAAUUAUUAAAAGUGAAAUAAAUGUAAAACUUAACUCGUUUGCGACAUCAAAAUAGCGUACUUGAUUUUGAUUGUUUUGCACGUGCUGUUUGGCGCUACAUUGUGACGUCACGUAAACAACACUUUAAACGUCUGUACAGCGUUAACGACUGAAUUAAAAAUAUUGGUGUUCGGAUUCAUUUUCUUAGUUAGACCAUUUUCUUUCAUUCUAGAUAGUUUUCACAACAAAAUUCGACAAAAAUUGUUUUUAUUUAUCAGAUUUUUUUAACAAAAUGGCGCCCUCAAUGUGAAAAUACACAGGGAGAUAAUAAGAACGGCGAGUGCAUUGUUGUAGAAUAAUGCACGCUUCGGGCCUUCUAUGUUUAUAAAGAAAAAUUUCCGAUAGUGUUAGAAUCAAUAUUAAAGAUUAUAAAUAUCUGUCCAAAGAUGCUUUUGAUCUUUUAGAAUUUUAUCAUUAAUUGCAUUACUUGUGGGCGAGUGUGACCACUUAAUAGUGCUGAUAUUUCAGAUAUAUCAUAAAUAGAGAAAAUAAGAACCCCUUAAGAAAGUCCAAAACGGCAAAAUUGAAAAUGUUUUAGGCUUGGUUUGAUUGAGCCAGUUCAUUGACGGUAUAAAACUAAAAGUAACCAUGGCUCCGGUCAUUUUUUU